CGAAAAUAGUUGCAGCAAUGGUUUGCGCCGAUGACUAAAUGCGCCUGUGCACACAAGUAGAUGCGUUUCAGCUGGGUUAUCAAAAAGCCUGGGUUUAUAGAACUUGAGUUUACCAAAGUAUUUUCUUCAUGAACUCCACAGAAAACUGCAAUGGACUGUACUAUUAAGGAAGCUCUAUCGGUGGUGAGUGAAGACCAGUCCAUAUUUGAGUCACCAUUCAGUGGUCCCCAGGCCAUGCACAUGAAGGGAGAGAUCACCUCACCUGCAGUAUUCAGACAGGGUUCUGAAGAGAGCAUAGAACCCACUGAGCCAGACUGGACAGGAACGGCAGCCCAGAACCCUGCAAAGAGAGUAGAACACAUCAACGGAACCAGCAGAGAGUCCCCUGUGGACCGCAGUGUGACAAAAAGAACACGACACAUGAGUAACAGUGAUGCAGGCCAGUUGGCCUACCAGGCCUCCUACCCUGAACCACGGAGUAGUCCGCAAACUGCCACUUCACCAAGUAAUGUGACAGAGGAGAAGCGGGUGAUUGUACCAGCAGACCCAGAAGUAUGGACACAAGACCAUGUGCGGCAGUGGGUAGAUUGGGCUAUAAAGGAAUAUGGGCUAUCAGAUGUGGACGUGUCCCUCUUCCAGACCCUGGACGGAAAAACGCUCUGUAAAAUGUCCAAAGAGGACAUGAUGCGUCUCACUUCCGCAUACAACACAGACAUCCUGCUCUCUCACCUAAACUACCUCCGGGAGAGUAGUCCAACUUUUUCCUACCCCACAACCCCAACCAAUACGCAACCACAGCCUAGACUACAGGUGAAAUCUGAAAACAGCUUUGAGGAGAUCACCAGAAGGAAUAGUUGGUCCUCAAGUGCCUUGCCAGCUGUUCCAAAAGGUUCUCCAAUCGAGCAUCAGCACAAUACCAGAAUUACAGAGCCUCCACAGAGACUUCCCCAAGACCCCUACCAAGCAUUAGGUCCAAUCAGUAGCCGCCUAGCAAAUCCAGAAACGAAACCAUUCCACACAAAGAUCCGAACGACCAAACAAAAUUCUAACAACCUGCCCGUCACCAGCACUGACAGGACAGUGGGCUCAGGUCAGAUCCAGCUGUGGCAGUUCUUGUUGGAGCUGCUGUCCGACAGCAAUAAUGCUGCCAUCAUCACUUGGGAGGGCACUAACGGCGAAUUCAAGAUGACUGACCCAGAUGAGGUGGCCAAGCGCUGGGGAGAGCGAAAGAGCAAGCCUAACAUGAACUAUGACAAGCUCAGUCGCGCCCUUCGCUAUUACUAUGACAAGAACAUCAUGACCAAGGUGCAUGGCAAGCGCUACGCAUACAAAUUCGAUUUCCAGGGCAUUUCUCAAGCCCACCAAAACCAUCCACCAGAAGGUGGAGUGCUCAAAUACCAAGCCGAAGUGCCUUACGUGCAGAGCUACCACAGCCACCAGCCAAAAAUGAACUUCAUGGGCACUCAUUCAACCCCUAUGUCCGUUACCUCUGGGAAUUUUUUUGGGCCUCCGACCACCUACUGGAAUUCCGCAACAGGGGUAGUGUAUCCCAGCUCACCCAUGCCACGACACCCCAGCACCCACUCACAUUUGAACUCUUACUACUAAACGGCAGCCCGACUUACCAUUAAACCCAAUAUCAAAUUGAUGGCCUUAAUACUGAUAUAUAGUAGUGUCCUUUUCAACACUUGUAGGCUAUUCAUUAGGUUGUUGAAGAACCAUGGGUAAAAUAGCAACUUUUGGGGGAUGCUUAUGAAAUGAAAUAUCUGGUCAGUUUAAAACCUCUUGUAGCAGUCACAUCCUUCAAGUUCUCCAUCUUGUCACAUUUCUGUACAGUAUAUAUGCAUAUCAAAACACAGCUGUACUUAUUUAGUGCUAAAUUGUAAAUAUGUUUGCAUGUUCCUUAUAGGGCUUUGAAAAGACAUGCCCAAAAUCAUGCAUUUUCAUCUCUAAUGUUUUACAUGUAAUAUUCUUUUUGUAUGCAAGUGCCUUUGUACAGACUUUAACCAAAUAACGCCACUCUCCUAAGUGUAACAUUAUAUUUCAAAACAAUAAAAAUAUGUAGCUCACUUCA